UGCUUCACCUCCUGACCAGCCCGGCGCAAUAGAGCAGGUUGCUACUCAAUGAGGCGAGCUGGGAAGGACUAUGGGCUUCGGGCCAACGACCACUUACUACCCCGCCUAAAGCCUGACGCAUCCUAACCGCCAGAUACCGACUGGUACAGGCCCCAGACUCCAAGCACGAAGCCAUAUUAGCCAACAGAGAGUGGUCUACACCUAUAAACCGAAAGCGAGGAUGUCCUCCGUAAAAGUUUCAGUGACUGAAAUCUACGGCGCAAGUUCUUUAACAGGCUUAUUUAUAGUAGCUUUAGGCAGCCUACUCUAAGCCUUCUGAUUGGCUCGAAGCAAAGUAAGGAAGCAGCCAAUGAAAAGCUAGACCUGCAAGUAUCUUUUACAUCGGCAUUUGUGACGACACACUAAAAUUAAUCCAAUCGCGGACGAAAUCUUACUAACCUCAUUUGAAUACCGCAUCUAUAAAUAAACGUGGCUUUGGUGCCGCGAGUUAUUUUCCCAGCUCUUAGUCAUAGCGUCUUAACUUCACGCCGCGAUGCCUGAACCCACCAAAUCCGCCCCGGCCCCGAAGAAGGGCUCCAAGAAGGCGGUGACCAAGGCGCAGAAGAAGGACGGCAAGAAGCGCAAGCGCAGCCGCAAGGAGAGCUACUCGGUGUACGUGUACAAGGUGCUGAAGCAGGUGCACCCCGACACCGGCAUCUCGUCCAAGGCCAUGGGCAUCAUGAACUCGUUCGUCAACGACAUCUUCGAGCGCAUCGCGGGCGAGGCGUCGCGCCUGGCGCAUUACAACAAGCGCUCGACCAUCACGUCCCGGGAGAUCCAGACGGCCGUGCGCCUGCUGCUGCCCGGGGAGCUGGCCAAGCACGCCGUGUCCGAGGGCACCAAGGCCGUCACCAAGUACACCAGCUCCAAGUAGACUUGCCAAAUGAACAACUUCAGCAGUCUCCUCCUUGACUUAUACUCCCACUGCCCUCCACACCUUGGCGGCAGCAAAGAAGACUUAGGAGAGGUGGAGAUCACGCUGGGGAAAGUUCAGAGUUCUUAACCUUCAUUUUGGUGGCGC